AUGGCUGAGGAACAUGAGCCUCUAAUGCAAGCUUUACUUGCUCUCUCCGCUUGCAAUAUGAGCCGAUCUCUACCAGAAGGAACGGAACGGGGAACUGGAGCAUCACAUUCACACAUUACAUACCGCCCAAGGCGUGACUACCUCUUGUCAAGCCAACAUUACUACGGUUCUGCAGUCAAGCAAAUCGCAAGGACUAUUACUAAGGGUACAUCCAGCGAUCAAUCACACACUUUGAUGGCGAUGGUUCUAUGCUGUCUUUUUGAGUCUGCGAUGGGAAACUUUAAGGGUUUUGCUUGCCAUGCCCAAGGCGUUGACACAUUCAUACACACACAUCUCACGCCAAUAUCGUCGGAUCCAAUAGGUCGUGAAUUGACUGAAGCAUGGGUUCUUGCCAAGUACCACACUUGGUGGCUCAGAAUUAAUUUCAGCUCGUUCUCCUUUCAACUCAGUCAAGGCUCGCUUUGUCUAUCUCCGAAUAUCUUGAGCAUGCUUCGCUCAAUCAAUGCACGGAGAGCUAUACUCAAGUCGAUUUUGUGCGAAUCAUAUCGUCUCAAUAACAUAGCUCUUCUACAGUUGGGGCCUAGUGGCAUAAAGAACUCAGAGGUCACCUUUGACGAGUGUCUUGCAUCUUUGCAAACUGAAUCCAAGAGGCUAGACGAAUGGCACUCCACAAUUCCGCAGUCGGAACUCCCCAUCGAAUCAUUCUCGGGGUUUGUGGACUUUGAAAAAGAACAGUAUCAUCCACUUGUGUUCAAAUCGCAUUACUUUGCAAUGAACUACGCCUACUAUGUUUGUUCCCGAAUCAUGCAAUGUACUGCGCUGCUUCGGGAACUACAGUCUACGCGCAAUCAAUCAUUUGACCCUGGCAGGAAAGAGGUUAACUACUGGAUGACUAUCCUGGCUCGUAUUACAUCUGGACUUGACAAGCAAGAUUGCUUCAGGAACAAUGUUUACUCGAUCGGAAUUUCAAGUCUCCUUACUGCUUGUCUUCUUCGAUGUCACAAUAUAACGAUCGGGAGAUGGAUCGAGAACUUGCUGUAUGAAUGGACGACAUCACACAUCUUGGAAGAGGGAAGCUUUCCAGUUGCUCAGGCACUGCAGGCUGUUCGACUGAUCAAUGAAGAGAAGGCGGCCGAUAGUGACAUUUACGCAAUUGCGUUGCCCGAAGAUGAUGGUGGUGGUACCGGAAAGUUCAUGUCGUAUCAUAGCCAGCAUUUUGACGAAAUUGUCAUCACAGGUAGAAGAGGGAUGUCAGGCCGCUUAUAUUCUGAAUUGGUUCCAAUCAAUAUCGAGGGUUAA